GGAGGAGGGGGAGGAAGAAGAAAAGGGUGCGCCGCCGGAGAGACCAUGAGGAAAUUUAACAUCAGAAAGGUGUUGGACGGCCUGGCGGGCUCGUCGUCCUCCUCUUCAGCUUCCUCCUCCUCGCAGCAGCAGCAGCAGGCUGCAACCCGGGAGAACGACAUCCAGGAGACCCUCCAGUCCGAGCACUUCCAGCUCUGCAAGACUGUACGCCAUGGUUUCCCCUAUCAGCCUUCAGCCUUGGCUUUUGAUCCUGUUCAGAAGAUACUUGCCAUUGGAACACAAACUGGCGCUUUAAGGCUAUUUGGUCGACCUGGAGUUGAAUGCUACUGCCAACAUGAUAGUGGUGCUGCAGUAAUCCAGCUUCAGUUUUUGAUUAAUGAGGGUGCCCUAGUGAGUGCCUUGGCUGAUGAUACCUUACAUUUAUGGAACUUGCGUCAGAAAAGACCAGCUAUAUUGCAUUCCCUGAAAUUUAAUAGAGAAAGGAUAACAUUUUGCCAUAUCCCUUUCCAGAGUAAAUGGUUGUAUGUGGGUACCGAAAGAGGAAAUAUACACAUUGUCAAUGUGGAGUCUUUUACUCUCUCAGGCUACGUCAUCAUGUGGAAUAAAGCCAUUGAACUGUCAUCCAAGUCUCAUCCAGGACCUGUUGUCCAUAUUAGUGACAACCCAAUGGAUGAAGGCAAGCUGUUGAUUGGUUUUGAAUCAGGAACAGUGGCAUUAUGGGAUCUCAAAUGCAAGAAGGCGGAAUACAGAUACACACAUGAUGAGGCAAUUCAUUCUGUAGCUUGGCAUCACGAAGGAAAGCAAUUUAUUUGUAGCCAUUCAGAUGGCACUUUGACUAUAUGGAAUGUAAGGAACCCUACUAAGCCAUUGCAGACAAUCACUCCCCAUGGGAAGCAGGUCAAAGAUGGAAAGAAGCCAGAACCCUGUAAACCUAUUCUUAAAGUGGAAUACAAAACAACUAGAAUUGGAGAGCCUUUUAUCAUCUUGUCUGGUGGCUUAUCAUAUGAUACUGUUGGAAGAAGACCCUGUUUAACUGUUAUGCAUGGAAAGAGUACUGCUGUUCUAGAAAUGGAUUACUCAAUAGUAGAUUUUCUAACUUUGUGUGAAACUCCAUACCCUAAUGAUUUCCAAGAGCCAUAUGCUGUGGUUGUUCUCCUAGAAAAAGAUUUAGUAGUUAUUGACCUUGCACAAAAUGGGUAUCCUAUAUUUGAGAAUCCAUAUCCCUUGAAUAUACAUGAAUCUCCAGUCACUUGUUGUGAAUAUUUUGCUGAUUGCCCUGUAGACCUUAUUCCAGCACUUUAUUCAGUGGGUGCACGACAAAAGCGUCAAGGCUAUAGUAAAAAGGAAUGGCCUAUCAAUGGUGGAAAUUGGGGUUUGGUCACACAGAGUUAUCCAGAGAUUAUCAUUACUGGGCAUGCAGAUGGAUCGGUCAAGUUUUGGGAUGCUUCUGCAAUAACUUUGCAAGUACUAUACAAAUUAAAAACAGCUAAAGUAUUUGAAAAAACUCGAAAUAAAGAAGAUAGGCCAAGCACUGACAUAGUAGAUGAAGAUCCAUAUGCCAUUCAGAUCAUCUCAUGGUGUCCAGAAAGCAGGAUGCUGUGCAUAGCAGGAGUUUCUGCACAUGUCAUUGUUUACAGAUUCAGCAAACAAGAAAUAACAACAGAAGUUAUUCCGAUGCUUGAAAUACGGCUGUUGUAUGAAAUAAAUUAUAUAGAGUCUCCUGAUCCUGAGCAAAUGCCACCAUUACCUACUCCAGGCACAGGUUCCAAUCCUCAAUCCAUCAUCCCCCAGUCUCAUCCCUCCACUAGUAGUAGCUCCUCUGAUGGACUUCGUGAUAAUGUCCCAUGUUUAAAAGUUAAAAAUUCUUCCCUUAAACAGUCUCCAGGAUACCAGACCGAGCUAGUUAUCCAGUUAGUAUGGGUGAGUGGUGAACCUCCUCAGCAAAUAACAAGUCUUGCAAUCAACUCUUCCUAUGGAUUAGUAGUUUUUGGUAAUUGUAAUGGUAUUGCAAUGGUUGAUUACAUUCAAAAGACCAUGCUUUUAAACCUUGGCACUAUUGAAUUGUAUGGCUCUAAUGAUCCUUAUCGGAGGGAACCUCGAUCUCCACGUAAAAGUAGACAACCAUCUGGAGCAGGUCUUUGUGAUAUCAAUGAAAGUACUACAGUACAAGAGGAUCGUUGCAAGUCACCCACUUCAGGUUCUGGUUCCCCCAACAAUUCUGGUGAUGAACAAAAAAUGAAUAAUUUUAUAGAAAAGGUGAAAACCAAAAGCAGAAAGUUUUCCAAGAUGAUAGCCAGUGAUAUAGCAAAGAUGUCUAGAAAAUUAAGCUUACCAACUGAACUGAAACCUGAGUUAGAUGUUAGAGACAAUUCCUUCAGCCGAUCCAGAAGUUCUAGUGUAACCAGCAUUGAUAAGGAAUCCCGAGAAGCAAUUUCAGCUCUCCACUUUUGUGAGACCUUCACCCGAAAAGCCGAUACAUCACCUUCACCAUGCUUGUGGGUUGGGACUACUUUAGGCACCGUUUUAGUCAUUGCACUGAAUUUACCGCCAGGAGGAGAACAAAGACUGCUUCAACCAGUAAUUGUUUCCCCCAGUGGAACUAUUCUGAGGCUUAAAGGAGCAGUCUUAAGAAUGGCUUUUCUGGACACAACAGGAUCAUUAGUUCCACCUGCAUAUGAACCCUGGAGAGAACACAAUGUUCCUGAAGACAAGGAUGAAAAGGAUAAAUUGAAAAAACGUCGGCCUGUCUCAGUAUCUCCAUCCUCUUCUCAGGAAAUGAUUGAAAACCAAUAUGCAGUGAUAUGCUCCGAAAAGCAAGCAAAAGUUAUAUCACUGCCCUCACAGAACUGUACUUAUAAGCAAAAUAUUACAGAGACUUCAUUUGUCCUUCGCGGAGAUAUAGUGGCACUCAGUAACAGUAUCUGUCUUGCUUGUUUCUGUGCCAAUGGACAUAUAAUGACUUUUAGUUUGCCAAGUUUAAGGCCGCUAUUGGACGUAUAUUACUUACCACUUACCAACAUGAGGAUAGCCAGAACAUUUUGCUUCACCAACAAUGGGCAGGCAUUGUAUCUUGUCUCACCUACAGAAAUCCAGAGAAUUACUUAUAGCCAAGAAACAUGUGAAAAUCUGCAGGAAAUGUUGGGUGAGCUCUUCACACCUGUAGAAACACCAGAAGCACCAAACAGAGGGUUCUUCAAAGGUCUCUUUGGAGGUGGUGCACAAUCACUUGAUAGGGAAGAACUCUUUGGUGAAUCCUCAGCUGGAAAGGCAUCAAGAAGCCUUGCCCAGCAUAUACCAGGUCCUGGUGGUAUUGAAGGAGUCAAAGGAGCAGCAUCAGGAAUAGUUUGUGAGUUGGCACGAGCCAGAAUAGCAUUGGAUGAAAGAGGGCAAAAAUUGGGAGAGCUGGAAGAACGAACAACAGCCAUGUUAGCUAGUGCUGAUUCUUUCUCAAAACAUGCACAUGAGAUGAUGUUGAAAUGCAAGGAUAAAAAAUGGUACCAGUUCUGACAACACAUUCUCAAAUGCAUCUCUAUAACUUUACCUUGAAGAAAAAUAUUUUCAUUAACUUCUGCAGGACCAGCAAAGCUGGAAGGGUGUCAGCCAAUGGGUACAGAUGUUUCCUAGCACAAAUUAUGCACUGGUUUACCUCAGUCGUACAGCUUUAACUGAGGAUCAUUGUAUUUAAAACUGACACCCACAUCGUGAGGGUGUGUUUGCGCAUCUGCGCAUGUAUGUGUGUUAUCUGUGGGCUGACUGGGAGCUUGAGAACAGAAUUGAUGGCAAAGAGAACACAUGGACAAAAAUAGAAAAUUUGGAAUCAAAAGAGCAGGGGCAAUGCAGGAUCUAUCCUGUGUUAAUAUUUCAUAAUGCCAAAAGUUUUGUGCUAUUGUUGUUGCUGCCAGUGUUUCAUCCUCCUCCAGGAGGCUGCAAUAAAAUCAGGGGUCCAAGAGCUAGAAUAAAGUUCAUUUUAUGGGACUAUUAACUGAUCUACACCUUUCCUCCUUAAAAGCACAUUCAUAAAGCUGUCUGAAAAUGACUUAUUCUGCUACCAUUUCUCUGAUCUGAUAAACUGGAAACACACAAGUUCCAUCUUGAAUCUACACAUAGUUCACAUGCAGUCACAUAAUCUCUUCUUGGACCCCUGAUCUAAUAGUAUUGUCUUUGCAUCUUUAUAUUGUUGCUGCAUUGGGACUUCAUAAUAAACCAUGGCAUGCUUUUGCUUCCGUUUUUGUUUAUACUCAACAAGAUUACUUUUAAUGCCUGUGACUUACUGGUCCGAAAUAAGCCAUCUUCAUAACUCAGUUUGAAGCUAGCUUGUUUCAAUAAACUUUACGUAAGAUUGACCACAUAUGACCAUAUAGCAUUAAACUGCUGUUAAUCAGAUGUGAAAGUUUCCAAUUUUGUAUGGCCAUAUCUGAGAAGCAGAAGAAAGGAACUUGUAAACUCAAGGCUUGCUGUAGCUCAUUUCUCUCAUAAUAAUCCAUGUUUUUUGUGAUGUCCACAUGCAGCCAGCAUCAAGUAAAAAUAAGUUAUUUUGCAUCAUAAAAACACAAGUGAUUGACCUGCGCAUCAUGCUAAAAGUUUUCAUUUGUGUUAUGGCUGUCUAAUGUGAAAAGUAAAAAUAUCUCUUGCAAUGAUACAUAUUUGUCAUCUUUCAACCAGUUAUAUAUAUAUAUUUUAUUUUCCUGCCAAUAUAGCUGGAUCAAUUUAUAAUUUUUUACAUGGAUACAAAUUUAAUUCAUGCUGUACAACUUAUUUUGUGUGUUUAACAGAAUGUAUUUGUGUAAGAAUUUAAAUAUCAGGUAUGUAGCUAGCUUACAUGCCCAAUCAGGUAAACUUGUCUUCAGUUCAGUGUUGAACUCUUAAGAUACAACUUUCACAAUUUAUCAAUUGCAUUGUACUAAAAUUUAUUCAGGAAAAAACAAAAUUUAAUUUCAAAACAGUUUCUAAGUCAAACCCAUCAGCAAAGAAGUUGGCUCCUUAAUCUGAGUGUGCUUACUUGGAAACAAGUCUUUUAAUUUGAAAGGAAUUUUCUUCCAUGUAAGUGCCCUUUGAUUCACUGCAUAGAUUACACAAUAAAGUUAAAGUCAGAGUGGAUUGUUUUCAAAGCACUCAAUAUUUUACCACUUUAGGAACUGGUAGAUUCUUAUGUAGAUUUGUACGAGCGGAGGGAUUUAAGAUGUGCCAAAUUGAAGCAGUAUAUUUUUAGCUAAUAAAGGCUGCACCAAAGCCAUAUUAUAAAAUAUAAUUUAUUUUAAAAUAUUUAGAAAAAUACAUAAUUAAGAAAUGUUUGUCAUGUUGGAAAUCAGAAAUAGUGACUAAUUUGUGAUCAUUUGCAAACAGCCUUAAUUAGUUUAGGCUUUAUUUAAGCAAGUGCCAGUAUAUGGCCAUUCAGAGGCUUGAGUUUUAUUUUUCUAAACACUUGCCCAAACUGCAAAUGUUGAAUGAAUUAUUUGAUAUGCAUGUCUGAAGAUUAAGCCAAAAGAAAAUUUCCUGAUGUCGGUUAAGCAAUGGUUUGGCUCAAAAUAUUAUUUGGAUAUGCAUUUAUCUGUAAUAUGGUUCAGUCCACGUUAAAAGUUACUGACUGGCAUUGUUUAAUGAAGUCUUUCAAAUAAAUUAGACCUACUUCUGAAAGAAUAUGAUUUAAGAAACCUUUCAUUUAAUAAAGCUAAGCCCUUACAGUCUGGUUACAAAACUGGGUGGGUAGAUGUGCAAACUUCAGGAAAGUUGAAAUCUGUUCUCUCUUGGGGUUGCUAAUGUAUUUUGCUAGUAUAUUUAAAGCAUUAGAUUAUUACCUCUCUUCAGUGCAGCUUUGGGUAAGGAUGCUAUAAAAUUCACUUAAUGUAUCAGAGAAGAAAAUUUCAAUAUUCCUGCCAAUAUGGGAUACAUUGGACAUUUGAUUCAGCAAAUGGUUCUUGCCACCAAGAUUUGAGCCAGAUAUAAAACUACUUGCUUACUUAUUUUGCUUGUAUGACAUUUAAUUAUAGUACAGUUGUGGGGUGUUUUAGGGGUGUAAAAUAAAUUACUUGAGUUUAUAAGAAUAUGUUGAAUAAGAUCCAUAAGCCAAAUUUUUUAAAGAUAUGUGAUAUAGGCAUAAAAAUGUUAACAAUUUAUUUAUUAUUGUAACUUCCCUAUGCAUUAGUAAUUUCACUUGUCAGUUGCUAAAUUUUGUUGUUGUACAAAUAGUAUGAUCUAGCUUAAAAUUGUUAAGUUUUGUUGAUUUCUGAUGGAAACAUUUAAGCACAUGCUAAAACAAUGUCCUAUUGAUUUCUUGGCUCUUAACUUGGCUUGAUUGUGUCUUUGCAGUCAGAAGCAUAAACCUCAGUACACUUAACUGAAACAUGAUUUCCUUUAAGGAAAAAUGUUUACAGCUAUAAAUUAUACAGAAUAGUAAUUCUUCCAGUUGUAAAAGUGGAUGGAAAAGAGAAUGCUAUAAUGAAUCAAGAAUUAACGAUGUCAGCUUUCUUACCUGCUGGAAAUGCUCCACUCAUUCUGAAUUCUCAUUACCUUAUUCUGAGGUGAUCUCCAUUAUGCAUUUCUGAACAAGUACUUGAUAGAUGACAAGCUUCAUGAAGGAGAUGCCAACAAACACCUUCUAAAACGUGUUUAUGCAUUUUAUACCAUGAAUGUAAUAAUUUAAUUAGAAAAUAUUUGCAGAAAAUAGACUUUGGCAAAUAUGUCAUUUUACUGGUUAUGUUCAUUUAAUACUAUUUGUCAAUUCUUCUUGAAGUAACAUACAGUUGUAGGACAGUUUGCUUCAUACAUAAUUUAUUUGCUGUAGUAUUAGGGACAUUACCAUUAUCUUCUUCAUUUGUAUUUCAUCUGGACAUAUAAUCGGAAUAAGGCCGCAUACAUUUUCAAGAUUUGGAAUGAAUAUUAGAAAUGUUUGGUGGUUAUGUCAUAUUGUGGUAGACAUCCUGAUGCUCUCUUUAUUGCAUGGCCAGUAAUCAUAAAUUAUGAGCUUUAUAUCCAAACUGUAUAAGGAGCACCAAGGUGUGUACUCCUAGUAUGCACGUUCAUUUUUUGAGGCCUUCCACAACUCUAUCAAAUUGAUUUGGAAUAUUUUUCAUAGUGCUGUGCUGAGCCAUCUCAUAUUUUGAAUGUUGAUGUGAAGGAGGAGGAACUUUUUUAGAUUUGAUGAAAUUUCCUGAAAGGUUAGUUGUAGUUUAUUAGUGGUAAAUCCCUACUCACUGAUCCGUCCGUGCAUUAUUUAAAAAACAAAACAAAAAGUGCUUUCUUUCUAGAAAGAGUGGGUUGCUUAUGUAAACAUUCAAACAUGACAAGUAAUACAAAUGAUUGCAUUAAAGCAUUACUAUAAAUUUUGUUUUCCUAUGGUUAUAUAAUCUGUUUCUAAUUAUUAUUUUUAAUGGUGUUGAAACAACAGUUAAUAUGUCUACAAACUUAUUUAAAAGAUACUGUGGGCAAAAUUAAAAAAUGGUAAGGAAUGUGUAAGAAAUUAAUAUGGAGAUGAGAUACAUCGUAAGGGAACAUGAACACCUUGAUAAUAUUUGAGACACUAUUUAAAAAAAUAGCAAAAUGGGAAAGCAUGUUUUCAUUCACAAAAUAUGCUCAGCACAUUUUGUUUGGAAAAGCCAAAACAAAAUGCAAAGCAAAAUCCUUCCUCAUUUUGGUUGCUGAUUUUGUUGAACUGUUGUAACUGCAUUGGCUAGUGAGAGAAAUAUAUUUCACAUAAAUACAUUUCAAAAUCAGUGGAAAGAAAUGUAGUGUUUCUUAUGAGGAAAAUGUGUAGCUCAGAACUUUUUAGAAAUAGAUAUAGUGGUUAAAAUAAAGAAUUUUUAAAAUGCGCCAGCAUUGUUUCUUUACUUAUCACAACUGUGCAAUUAUUAAACCACUGAUAUUGUGUUAGGGACUCAUUCCACAACAGCCAGGAAAGUUUGGUAGCAUUGUUGUAGAAAAAUAAGCAACUAUAUGUAGUCCAGGGAAACUGCUGCUACUCAUUUUUCAUGUAAUAUUAACAAGUUUAAUUUUAAUAAACUGAGGACACAAUUCUUCAGUUAAAAACUGCCAAACUCCUGAAUGUGUAUGUAAAUAUUAUUUCAAGCAAGCCUGAAAGUGUGAUUCCAUUAUAACACGUUAAGAGUAAAGCGACUUUCCUGAUUUGUAUCAAUAGCCUUGAGAUGAUUUAAUUUACAUUUGUUGCUUGAGGUAUUUCCUUUGUGUGACAUCUCUAUAUUAGAAAGCUAUAGCCAAAGGUAAUUUUGAUGCAGUGGAUUUUUUCUUUUUUGCUUUCUAUAGCACUGAUCUUAUCUGAAUUAUAAACUUGAAUUUCUUUUCCCUGCACUUUAAGUAUUGCAAGCUUGAGUAUUUCAUCCUUUUCUAUCUAUACAUUUUAAAUUCUAUGUAGAUAUCAUUUAGAAAAUUGAUUUCAACAAACAUCCUAUCCAUCACACAGAAUUCUACAUUUUAUCAUGUUUCAACAAGUUCCUUGUGGACAAGAGCUUCCAAGCUGGUGAAGGAAGGAGGCCUUCAGGACUAAAGACUGCACAUAUGGACCUCUUUCCUUCAUUGUAUGAGUAGAGAAGUAGAAAGUGCAGGAGAUACUGUCUAUUGACACUCCAAAGGAUCAGGAAAAAUUAACUGUAAAAUAAUGGUUUUAAAAGCUUUAAAACACCAACAACUGAAACACUUUCAGAUUUGUUUAAUGGUCACCUAAAGCUGCAGUGUUGUCCAAAAUAAAAUGUGCUUUUGGUUCUAUGUAAAAAAAGAGAAUUAAGCACAAGCUAAAUUGGAGUCGUGAUAAUUUUUUAUAUAAUAUAAGAUUUGGCUUUCAAAUUUCUUUUAAUUAAAAUUAUGUUAUGUUUUUCAAAGAUAAUGUAAGAAGCAUACAAAAGUUAAUUCAGCUCAUAGGAAAAAUGUCAUCUCAUGUAGAGAUGGCAAUAAGCAUACCCAUUCUAAUAUAUACUUUUAAAAAUUAUAACACUAUCUAAGAAACUGCUCCAUGAGAAGGGAGGCAUUUACAUAAUCCAAAUGUAAUGUAUCGAAAAGCAGCUUGUUGAUGGAUUUCCAUUAUAACUCUUGUUUUCCAUGAGUAUAUUAAAACUGAAUUCCAUUUAUUCUAUUUUAUUUUGGUCAGCUACAGUAUUUUGUAUUCUGAAAUAUUGUCUCCUCCAUAUUUUGUAUGUGUUGGUCUUUGUCUUCAGAAUGGUUUUUUUAAAUGCAUAUUCCUGUGGUUGGUGAAUAAUCCCAUUUUGUUAGUGCCCUGAUGCAUAGAGAUGGAAAUAUGACUUCACUAGUUGUGGUGUGCCUAGUGACUGAAAAGUACUCAUUGCUUGCCUUUGUUUAUUGUGCAAAUUCUCGGCUACGCUUGUUCCCAUAGUCUAGAUACUUGUCUGUACAGUAUUGUGAAUUUCUUUUUCCUUGUGAUGUUACUACCAAAAAUAAAGAUCCUGUUAAAUGAAUUUUAUGGUUGGGGGUGGUGGAUGAUAAAAAGCUAAUGUCCAGUACAUGUGAAUUACCUGCAUUUAAAAACUGCUUAAUGUACAUUGAGAAUCAAAUCAGGAAUGCAUGAAUAUGUUUCCUAUGUAAAUCAUGUUUGUUUGAAGUCCAGAUCAGUGUGCUUUUUAAUUUUCAAAAUAAUUUGGUUAUAGGAAUCAAAAUGCAACUAAAUCUGUAUUAGCAUUUUUCAUAAAUACAUUUAGAAAUUAGUAUUUCUAAAUGUCAAGCAACUGUAUGUUUCUUCUUGACCUUUACAUUUUUACAGAUUAGUAGGUCUGAUUUUUGGAUAAAAUCAUGGCAUCAUCCAUGGAGUUAUUAUUUUAUAUUGCAAAGUGGAGAAACAGAAUGUUAACUCCCCUUUUAAAAAAUGUGUAAAUAAACUGUACUUGAGUUACUUAAUCUCAUAUGCUGCUAUUCAUAUUGGUUAGAUCUAAGAAGAAUAUUCUACUUUCUAGAAUUGCUUUUGUUUCAUUAAGCAAGCACCACUGAAGGGGAAAAAAAAGAAGAAUAUCAGUAAAUGAUUCUACCAUUAUUAUUUGGGAAAGCAUGCUUGAUAUAGAACUUCUAGCUUAAAUGUAUUUUGCUCUAUGUACAUUGUGUAUUUCAUUUUUUUUUAAUUGUCCUCUACCAUUUUAGUCUUGCGGAGCCCCACUGUGUGUUCUGAUGAUGAAACUGGGAAAUGCAUUUUAGGAUAGGGUUGCAGAUUCAUCUGUCUACAAACUUAGUUUCAUAUGAACGGUAAACCAUACCAUUACAAAUGGAAAUGUUAGAUUGCAUAAUUUUACUUAAUGUACUUGAUUCUAAACUAUGUCAUAACAUUAAAAUUAAGUAUGGGAUAUUUUUGUAAAUAAAAAUACCUGUGCAGUUGGUAUUUUAAAAAGGGAAAAAUGUAUAUUAUACAUUAAUGUUUCCAAAAAUAAUGUUCAUAUGUGUAUAUGAAUGUGUCAUUAUGCUGAAGGGCUCUGACUGGGCAAAAUAAACUAUUCAAAUCUCUCCUGAAACAAAACUAGCUUUUGUUUCAUGCAUCAUUAAUGUAUUCUUAAUAUGAUCAAUUUUUGAAGAUCUAUCAUCUAUCCCACUUUCUUAAGCUUUCAAGAAGUAGACAAAGUGACAGACCUUUAUGUUAAAAAAAGGAUCUUACAUCUAAAAAUAGUGUUAAGUUUAAGUUGCUGACUUCCUUGACUAUGAACAAACACCUUUAAAAUGCUGCCUAAUAAAUGUUGCAUUUGUUUUUGUAAUUUAUCAUUUGCUUUUAGCUAAAAUGUUGGUAGAAAGAAUCAUCAUCAAAGGAAAAUAUUUCCACAUGUUAAAAGAAAUAUUACUUUAUCCUUUUGUCAAAUUAUCUUCAUUUUCAUAUUUCUGACUGAAGUGUUGCAUACACUUUAUUAUUUGUGUUUAUAAGAUCUUGUAGGCCUUACUAAGUUGGCCUUGUACCCUUCCCUUAUAAGAUCCUGUAAAAUCAAAUCUUCUACUCAGGUAUUUAUUAAUUUACAUAUAUUUAUAUAUAUUUUCCUAUCUACCCAUUCAAAGUGGCUUAUAUAAAAUAAGAAAGUACAUUAAGAUUUCAUAUAAUUAAAUUAUAAAGUAUAUACAAAACACACAUGAUAAAAAUAUAAGCCAACCUCUUAUAUUUUAAAAACUAUGAAGUUAAAUUAGCCAAGAAUGACAAACUGCCAGCAACUAUUUUAAAAACCCAAGAGUAUUAAAGGCUUAAAAUUCAAGAGUAUUAAUAAUUUAAUAAUUUAGUCUCAGUUGAUCUCUGUGGAAACUUUCCAUAACCCCAAAAACACCACUGAAAAGGUAAUAAUUUUCAGAGGUAAUCUAAGGAAUACAUAUAUACAGUAUAGAUGAAAGAAAAUAUACAAUAUAGAUGAAAGCAUUUCCACAGGUAAUACGGUGCCAAACUGAAGAGCCCUAUCCUCGAAACCAGAACUGUAAGAAUGAAGUAACAUGUAGUGCAAGGGAGAAAUGACUGCUUAAACAUAGUUCAACCUUUUAAUAAGGUUAAACCUUAUUAAAAUUCAUUAAUACAGUAGCUACUUUUCAUAAACAAUCCCAUAGAGAUCGCAUUUCAUUAGUCCAUACAUGAGAUUAUGGGAGUGUAUCACUAUAACCAAGGUGUCUACCUAAAAUCAGAGUUAUAAUGUAUCCCCAAACACUAAGUUAUGAACCUGAUCUCUCCAAAAUCUCUCCAAAACAAUUUGAAUCUUCAUCCACAUGGAGAAAUUACCUAUCCACAAAACUGUCCAAAAACAAAUUGUUUUUUAGCAUUUUUGUAAGUAACAGCUGUUUUGUAUCUUUGGCAAAGAUACUUUGAUAUAUAAUAUUACGUGUGUGUGUGUGUGAGCUUUGAUAUAUAUUACAGAUUUCCAUUUUAAACAAUUAGUUUUAUCUGUGACAAAAUGCUGUUUUUGCAUGUCCCAAUAAAAUACUAGCUAUGAAUUUAAGUCAUUACCUUGAAUUUUAAGUACUCAUCUCUUUAAAAAUACUCAGAAGUUUUAUAUUCAAAGACAGUGUUUCACAUUGUGUGAUGUAUGUCUCUGCAUUUCUAUUAGUUUGAAGUAUUGCUAGAACAAGCCUCUUAAUCAUUAUGCAGUCGAAAUGCCAUAUUUAUUUCGAAGUAACUCCUACUUUGAGAUUAGGGUUAAGUGCAAGCAUGUUUCUGGUGCAUUGUAACCUUGCUAUUAAGGGCACGGUAAUAUAAAAGAAUUUUCCCAUAGAAGUAUCUCUAGUCUUAGAGACAUCAUUUGGAGCUUGAACAGUCAAGCCUUCAGGGGAAAUAUGGGAGCUUAGAGUAACACACUAUACUUAAAACAUACAGUUUCUACUAAAAAAACUACUGAAUUCAAUGACCAUGUCAUUUCUGAGGAUAAUAUAAAGGACUGAAAAAAGAUUAUCUUUUAAAAAAGCAUUUCUGCAGUUCCUGAAUAAAAGGUUAGUCACAAAUGUAGAAUCAAUGUUAAAAUGUGUAUCUGUCAUUAAGGCUCCUAUAAAUUUAUUUUAAAACGUCAUUAUCUAUCUUGGAAGAGGUCAAAAUUGUAUACAAUACCAAGAAUAAAACAAUGAAAUAAACUAUUUUGUUGCUGUAAUUUAACACCACGUCCCUUAAAGAAAUAUAAAUAUUUGAGUCAAAUAGUUAAACUGUUUACAUUCAUUGGUGAAAUUUUCAAAUUAUUACAAGAGGAUUUUUAAAAAAAAUCUGAGCAGGUAUAUUGAACAUCAUGCUAUUACCCAACAGUAAUAUGGUAAAAAUGUGAUA